AUGCCGAUAAGUAAGGCAGAUCGAAAUCGAGAUGAGGCAAGUGCUGAAAUAGAACACAUCGAUCGUGGAAUACACUCAUUCCAGGAAAUUUCUCACAUAUUCAACAAUUUGGCGUUAAGAAGGUUGAUUUUGAGUCACAACAAAAUUUCAUCCGUCCCAUCAAAUAUUGCGGAUUUAGUCAAUUUAGAGAGUUUGAAUUUGUGGAACAAUCAGAUCGAAGACUUGCCGACAUCAAUAUCAUCGUUGAAUAAAUUGCGAAUCCUCAACUUAGGAAUGAACCGACUGAAUAUAUUGCCAAGAGGUUUCGGGUCAUUCCAGGCAUUGGAAAUAUUGGACUUAACUUAUAAUAAUUUGAAUGAGCGCAGUUUACCGGGGAAUUUCUUUUUUAUGCCAACGUUACGUGCCCUGUAUUUGGGUGACAAUGAUUUUGAAUAUUUACCCGCUGAUAUUGAAAAUCUUUCAAGUUUACAAGUUUUGGUAUUGCGUGAAAAUGAUUUACUUGCAUUACCGAAAGAAAUUGGUAAACUUUAUCGUUUAAAAGAACUUCAUAUUCAGGGGAAUCGUUUGACCGUUUUACCACCGGAAAUUGCUGGAUUGGAUCUUGUCGGUCCGAAACGAGUUCUACGACUUGAGAAUAAUCCUUGGGUACAAUCAUUAGCAGAACCAUUAGCAAAAGGUCCACUUGCUUUAAUGGAAUGUCUCCGAUCGGAUUCGUAUAAAUAUCAAUAUGGACGCCAGGAAUCGGGAACUGGUGUAGCACCACCGAAAGCUCGAAAUAAGGAUAAAAAGAUUAGUAGGCAAAAGGUGAAACAAGGAUGUUAA